AUGGACCUGCAGGCCUUCAUUCUAUGUGGUAAAGGCGCGGCACUUGCCCCGUUCACGCAAACGCGCGGCGAUUCCGGCCUUUCGAAGGCUCUUUUGCCGGUCGCCAACAGGCGUAUGAUAGAAUAUGUUUUGGACUGGUGUGAACAGGCGAACUUUUCGGAAGUGGUGGUCGUUGCAGACUCCGACGAAUCUUCCCAGAUCCAAGAUGCGCUAAAUACAUACAUCGAGAUUCGGAAGCGUCAACAUGCGCUACUGGCACAGCACGGACCUAGCGUCACAGGCGUGGCACCUCUCCAACCUGUGCCGAUUAAGUUUUUGGUGGCACGCAAUGAAACAACAGGGGCCAUUCUACAAAAAGAGCUUCUGCCUCGCAUUAAGGGCGAUUUCGUUCUCUUGCCUUGCGAUUUUGUCACUGAGAUUCCUCCUCAAAUCUUCAUCGACCAAUUUCGCAAUAAAGACCCCGACAACCUGGCUAUGGCCGUCAGAUAUCGCAACACUUUCGAUUCCUUCGAUAAGAAACAUCUGGCCGUGUCCUACACUGUCUAUUCUGAGAACGAAGAUUCUGUGAAACAGCCCGUCCUUCUAGAUGCUUACUCUCAAGAAGACGUUGAUAGAUCCAAGUAUCUACAGGCCCGGUCCCAUCUCCUAUGGCGUUACCCAAAUACAUCUAUUUCCAAAAAACUGUUGGAUGCUUCAGUAUAUUUCUGCUCCUUCGAACUUGCCGAGCUUUUACAGCCCGUGGACCCGUCCGCUGCUCGCUCUGAAACUGAGUCUGAAAACGAUGACGAUGCCAUCGUUUCGCCUCCACAAAAUCACCUCGUCCAGCCCAUUAGAUUUAGAGCCAAAAACAAGCUCCUUAAAGAUCCCAUCAACUGUAAUAAACCGCUUUCAAAAGUCUUUAGAGACCUUGCCAGACGUUCUUGGCAACAUUCGACACCUCGUGAAACAAUUGGGCUCUUUAUCCUUCCAAGCUUAGGAUUAUUCAUCCGCUCCAAUAUUCUAAGUGCUUACAUGGAGGCAAACCGUUGUAUGCUGAGAGUCCGCUCCUCGCUUUUCGCAACUCACGGGCCCUCUGGUAUGGGCAAUGCGGUAGGCGGUGACUCAAUAGUCGGUGCAAACUCUACGAUUUUAGAAAAAACCAGCAUCAAGCUAUCUGUUUUGGGGAAAAACUGCCGGAUUGGCAAACGCUGCCGCAUUGUUGGUUCCAUUCUUCUGGACAACGUGGAAAUCGAAGAUGAAUGUGUUCUCGAAAACGUCAUUGUGGGGAGCUUCUCUAAAGUGGGUAAAAAAUGUAAACUCACCAACUCCUACAUCGAAGGCUCUUACGUCGUGGGUGCUAAAACUGUCGUCAAAGGUGAAACGCUUGCGCAUAUUUAUCUAGAUGAGAGUGACCAAAGUUCGGCUUCUUCGGAAUCCUCUGGUGAUGACGAUAGUUCGGACGAAUACGCUGAUGAUUAUUACGAUGAGGAGUUCGAAGACGACGGGCUUUUUGAACGCUGA